UCAAAGAUGGAAACUGCUCUAUAUCACUCAAAAAGCUCAACUACCCAUAUAACAUAAUUAGCAUGGUUUUCUGGCAAUUGGGUCUUUUCUGUUUGUAAUUUCAAAUUUCAAACACCAUUCUGAAAAUGUGUAUCUAUGUGUGUGUCUCUAUGCCACCCACGAACAAAAUUUGAACCAAGCAUCACACUUUUACUUCACUAAGCUCUGUGCAGAAACAGACAGAAAAACCAGCCGUGCAUGAAACAGGAAGCUGUUCUAUUUGAUUAUGCGUCACUGUUAGUCAAAGGGCAGUGUGACCAGCAAGAUUUGAAUUUUGAGGAGGGAGAAUAUGGAUGUGACUUCAUACCCAGUUGACGUUUUGGAGAGACAAAGUAGCCUUUGAGUUCAAGUUUGGGACUUUUUUCAGAUUUAGGGUCCUUUAAAGGAAGAAGAAGAAGAAGAAGCUUUGGAAAUUUAGGAUCUUUUUUGGUUCUAAAAAGCUUUCUUCAAAUACCCAUUUCAAUCAAGGAGAUCCAGGUGUACAGUCCUUUUUCUAGUUCUGCAUCUCAUGAGGGAUGUCUCCAAUUUAUACUAAGAUACUCGGACACAAAGCAUCUUGAAGUUUCUCAUUUUUAAAAUGCAAAAGAGCCAGACGUUUUACCUUUGAAGUGGAUUUGCAGGAUUUGUGAAAGCUUGUUUGUACCUGCGUAUAGUUUCUGGUCUUCUAGUACCAGAAGCCAGGCCGUUUCUGCGUUUGGAGGAUUUGCUUUAUGUGGUAAAAGCCAAACCCCAUGAUCGCAGGAUGAUGUGUGACUCACCGAUUGUGCAAACUAAGUUGAGCCAAAAUGAUUCCCUCUGUAAAUAUUCUCAUUCUAGCAUCUCAUGUGAUUCUGAAUUUCAGUCAGAGGUUGUGAAAGAUGACUCGUUUUCUAAGGUGAGUAAUCCUGAUGAAGGUAUUGAACGACUUGGAUCAUGCAAUAAAAGUUCAUGCCCGUACAAGUUCCAGCUUGAACAGGAUGUACAAAGAUUGGAACAGCAGCUGCUUGAAGAAAUAGAGCUACAUGCUAUUCUGGAAAAUGCAAUUGAGAAAAAUGCUACUAAAUUCUCCAGUCCAGCAUGCCUUCCUUACAAUGCUCAAGAGCUCCUAAGCAAUAUUGCUGCCCUGGAGGUUACAGUUUCAGAACUAGAACAAGAGUUGGUUGCUUUGCAUUUCCAACUAAGUCAAGAAAGAAAUGAAAGAAGGCUGGCAGAAUAUCGUCUGAGGCAUCCAUCUCCUCAGUCAAUGUCUCCUCGCUUGUCUGGUAUUAUGAAACUGCCGAGUUCAUCUCCUUCGAGGUGUACAGAGCAGUCUAGUCCUGAAAUUCAUCAUUAUUCAGGAGAUGACUCAUGGCAGGAGCCACAAGAUCAAUCAUCAGAAACUAGUGGUGAAACAUCUUCCAUGCAAUCAGUAACUGAGAAUGCGGUGGACUCAGUUGCAUGUGGCCAUGAUAUGAAAAACUGUAGGAAGAUGGAUCUCGUAUCUUUGCAACCUUCUGACUUCAGGAAGCUUCCUAAAGGGAUGCCCUCCAAGGGCCUGUGGGAUCAGCCUAAUCAACUGUCAGAGGAGAUGGUUAGAUGCAUGAAAAAUAUUUUCAUAUCUUUGGCUGAUUCAGCCUUACCGUCAAAAGCUUCUUCCCAAGAGAGCCAGUUGUCACCUCUGUCACCACGUGGACAUCUUUCUAAUUCCUCAUGGUGGUCAUCAUCUGAACGGUCGAUGAUUUCAUCAUGGGUACAGAGCCCACAAGUAGAUAUACAGAGUAACUCUGAAGUAUUAGCUUCAGAAAACGCCUGUGAUCCCUAUAGAGUUCGAGGGAAACUGAGUUGGGCAGACAUUGGGAGCUAUGGACUAGCAACUGAAGUUUCUUGGAUGUCAGUUGGGAAGAAGCAAUUAGAAUAUGCUGCUGGUGCUCUGAGGAGGUUCAGAGUACUUGUGGAGCAACUGGCAAAAGUAAAUCCUAUCCAUUUGAGCUGCAAUGAGAAGCUUGCUUUCUGGAUUAACUUAUAUAAUGCACUUAUCAUGCAUGCUUACUUGGCUUAUGGAGUCCCUAGAAGUGAUUUGAAGCUCUUCUCUUUAAUGCAAAAGGCAGCUUACACUGUCGGGGGACAUUCUUACAGUGCCGCUGCUAUUGAGUAUGUAAUUUUGAAGGCGAAACCUCCACUUCAUAGACCACAAAUUGCUUUGCUUCUUGCCCUUCACAAGCUUAAGGUCUCAGACGAGCAACGGAAGUCUGUAAUCGAUACAUAUGAACCACUUGUAACCUUUGCUUUAAGCUGUGGAAUGUACUCCUCACCGGCGGUAAGGAUCUACACUGCUAAAAAUGUAAGGGAAGAACUUCAGGAAGCACAGCGUGAUUUUGUUCGAGCUUCAGUUGGGGUUAGUAACAAGGGGAGGUUGUUGGUGCCAAAAAUGUUGCACUGCUUUGCCAAAGGCUCUGUGGAUGAUUCAAAUUUGGCUGUAUGGAUAUCACAUUACCUCCCGCCCCACCAAGCUAUCUUUGUUGAACAAUGCAUAUCACAAAGGCGACAAAGUCUGCUUGGUUCGCGCAACUGUGGCAUUUUGCCAUUUGAUUCACGCUUCCGAUACCUAUUUCUGCCCGACAAAAUUCCAUUAUUAUGAUUCCCGGUAAUACUACACUUAAAUACCCUGGAUUAGUCAGUUCAGGUUGAGCUAAAACCAGAUGGUUGAAGUAAUGGUACAUUUAGAAACACAGGUCAGUUUGGUCUUUCACCUCAUAGACCUCUUAUAAUCCCUCAUGGGUGUUGUACAUUUUGUUAAUGGAUAACAGGAGUUCAGAUACAGGGUGUAGGAGAUCGUUGUGUAUUCAUUCACUUGUAUUCCACAAACGUCAAAUAAGAGUGAGCAGUAAUUGUCUGGUGACUUCUGAUAGCUGAACUGCAAUACUGUCAGUGUCCGAGAGUUACACUUUAGUGUUGAGGAUUUUUGGUCGUUCAAGUUCUUGUAAAGUUGGUCUUGAAUCCAGUAACAUCAUGAAUCUGUAAGGAGAUAAUGUGCAGUCAUUAGCGUUAUACAACUGGCUGAAUUUGCUGAAGGUGUAAUAGUAUUGCAACAAUGUUGGACAUUCUAAUGGUCUGAUGAUGCAUGCUCAUGAUUUCAUAUUUGUCAA